GGAAGUGAGCACACCCCAACCCUGAAGAGAAACAUGGUUAAGGGGAGAACGUGGCUCGAUGGAUGAGGUACUGGCCCCACGGUUGUGCACCGAGCGAGCUCGUCAGAGAGGACUGCUUUGGUUGAAUUAAAAAAUGCCUUUUGAGAGCACUAGUUUCCGUCUACACAUCUGCUGAGAGAAGGGCUUUCGAAACUUGUGUCUGUGGCCUGGCUGUGAGUUCGUGAAGCAUCAGGACACAGGAGGGGGUCCUUAGCUGGGUUGCUGUGUGGACGUUUUCAGCUAAAAGCUGUACAAGUUGUAUUUUCUAUUCGUUUUAACUAUCCACUAACUUUUACCAAUCUUGUUUUGAAAAAAUUGUUAAAUACGACAAUGCUACAUUCGUGUUAGAACCUAGGUAGUUACAUGAUCUUCAAUUGUGAGAACACAGGUUGGCUGAACCUUCUCCUGGCUUUGAAAUGUGAGAUUCUUACAAGUCCCAGUGAGGGAGUUUAGAAGAGCAGAAAGAAGAGGUUUUUCUUGACGAGACUUGACAUCCUGAUGUUUCUGUGACACUUGCUGGUUUCCCGUAAUUCUCUCCACUGGCUGUCUUCGCAGGCCCAGGCUGCCCAUGCAGAACCACGCAGAUAGUCAGGUGCCCUCUUCCCACCGCGCCCUCCACAGGCUUUCCUCUGAGCACAUGCAGAGAGGGCUCUGGGGUCCCCCCUCUUCCUGCUCCUGUGGGGACAGCAGUCCCAUGGUCUGGGGCCCAGCCUGUGACCCCUCCAACCUCACUCUACCUCCAAAUGUAGUCAUACAGGGAUGGGACUUCCACGUAGGGACUUGAGGGGAACAGUUCAGCCCACAGCAACUUUCUGUGUGGGACACACAGUAUCAUCCUCGCUUUCCAGACACAGAAACUCAAUUUCUCAGAGGGUUAAGUGACCAGGGCUCAUUUGCUCCAAAAGGAAAUUUUAGCAGAUUGCGUAGAGCAAAUACUUGAAUAAAUAGUGUUCUGGAUUAAUAACAGGUAACAGUCUCUUCAAGUUCUCCUGAACAAACGGUAAAGAGGCUCAUUGCAUAAAUUUUUUCUGCUUUCACCUGUUGGGACUAUUAGUCCAGAUUUUUGGUGUGCAUUAACCCGUUUUGCCUCAGGUGAUCAUUUUUUGAAGUUUUAUUCGAAGUUUCCUCCUGAGAUCGAUAUGUGAAUAAAAUUACUGAUUUACAGUGUCAUUUGGCAAAGUCUGUCUCAACAGAAACACCCUUGGCACUUUUCCAAACAUAUUUUCUCUAAAAUAUAUCCGCUUGCUCUCCAUGAGGUUCAAAUGCUCUCAUUAAUGGUGAAAGUUGGAAAACACGAUUGAAUGUUUGACAAAUUCCGUGCGGUGGAGAUUGCUGGCUGGUGUGGAAUCACAUGACCCUAUUUUCUGGGCUUUGGUUAGAAUAUUCCCCUCAGAGGCACGUUGGGUGUCGCCACACAUGCGGCAGGGACUCAGGCUGAAUGAUGAGGCAGCCGGUAACUGUCCCCUCCGCCUUUCCCGCUGAGUCGCUGGCUGACUCCAGACUUUGCGGACAGAAGACCCCCACGCACCGUGGGAUUUACGUCCCGAGUGUGUCUGCCCUUGGCAGGGAUGAGACGUGCUCCCAGCGUUCAGCUAAGUACUUGGAAAGGCCCGGAAGGAGCCCCCGCGAGUCUGUCAACGGGCGUGAGCUGGGCCUGCUCUUUACCGUCACCCCCUCGCGGGCAGUGCGGGACACGGAGACAGUGCGAUCCAUUACCCUGAAGCCAGCGUCCCCGACCCGCGGCUCUCUCUCUGCGUGUGAUGAUACAAACGGCCACCAGCUGAAGAUGCUGCAGCCACAGGACACUCAGAACACAGUGUUGCCGUUAAUAUCCACACGGGUAACGGAUUCCCAUGCGUGCACUAAAGGAGCACAGAACCGUUACGCUGCGCAGACAGCCCGUUGGCGGCUUGGGCCUGAGCGUAAAGGGAGGCGCUGAGCACAGGGUCCCUGUCGUCAUAUCAAAGAUAUUCAGAGGCCACGCAGCCGACCAGACAGGGAUGUUGUUCGUCGGAGACGCCGUCCUGCAGGUUAACGGCAUUAACGUAGAACACGCGACCCAUGAAGAAGUGGUGCAUCUUUUGAGAAACGCUGGCGACGAGGUGGCCAUCACUGUUGACUAUCUCAGGGAGGCGCCGGCAUUUCUGAAGCUCCCAUUAGGGUCCCCGGGGCCAGCCGGCGACCACAGCAGCGGGGCCUCAUCCCCUCUGUUUGACAGUGGACUGCAUCUGAACAGCAACCCCAGCAGCACAGAUUCGCCGUCGCCUUCCUCGCCCGCAGCUGACGCGCCACAGUAUGAGAAGCUCUGGCUGGACACGCUGUCCGUUCCUCUGUCUAUGGCCCGAAUCUCCAGGUGCAAGGCUGGAACAGGAAAAUGCAGGUCCGGCGCGUUCCAGGUGCUGGCUGUGGACGGCGUCCGCACGGGAGUCCUGCAGUUUCACACGGCCCGGGAGAGCGCCGACUGGCUGAGGGCAGUGUCCGCGACCAUCAGUGACCUGACACUGGAGAGCAUGAAAAUGGUGAAUGAGGGCUGUUCUCCUUGUGACCAGGUUGUGCACAUGGGCUGGGUCAGGGAGAGACUCGAAGGCACCAGCUCCCGUGAGACCUUCAGAUCCAAGUUCUUGGCCCUGAAAGGCUCUUUGCUGUAUGUUUUCAGCACCGCUCCGGUAAGCACAUUAGACUGGGUACGGGCAGAAAAAACCUACAACCUCUGUGAGGUACUAUUUAAACUUCACAAGCUCUGGCGGGCGGACGACGGCUGGCUCCACGAAGACUGUCACCUGGGUCCUCCUGGCUUCGCGCCCCAGCGGCCGUUCAGCUUCAGCGUCCUGGUCGGCCACGGCCAGAGUCGCGUCUUCAGCGUGGACCUGGGGAGCGAGCUGGCCGCCUGGGAGAGGUCUUUCCAGAGGGCCACUUUCAAGGAAGUUCAGAGAAGCAGGUCCAAAACAUACACGUGCAGCUGGCAAGGAGAAAUGCUGUGUUUCACGGUGGAUUUCGCGCUGGGAUUCACCUGCUCUGACAGCAAAACGAAGAAUGUGCUCUGGAGAUUUAAAUUUUCUCAGCUUAAGGGAUCUUCGGAUGACGGAAACGCUCGCGUAAAGCUGCUGUUCCAGCAUCCAGACACCAAACAAAUAGAGGUGAAGGAACUCGAAUUCCCGGACCUGACAGCCGUCCUGCACUGUGUUCACGCCUUCCUAGCAGCAAAGGUGGCCUCAGUGGACCCCGCAUUCAUGGACAGCCAGAGCUUCGCGAGGAAAAGUGCUUCUGCUGAGCGCUGAGCAUUAAAUUAUUUUCUUAAGAAAUGACUCUUUCCUGCAAAUAUUACAACUCUGUGUGAUUUUAUAAUGAGCCUCUAGUUGUGAUACCAAUAAAACGUGUCACUAGUUUCCA